AUGCCUCCUCCUACGCAACCUCAAACCAGCGGUGAACGCCGGUUAUGCCCGCACUGUAAUGAGUGGUGGCAUCCGACCACAGUUAAUCGUCAUCUGGCAGGAAAAGUACCAGUGCUCUUUGAGGCAUCCAGACUUGCUGAGAGCAAUCUCGACACGCUUCCCAAGCGCACACAAACCUCUCUCGAAGAUGAGGACUGGUCCCUAUUAGCCGACAUGCACCCAUGGAAGCGAGCUCGCACGACAGCCUCGGUGACCACGACUCUCCCCAUCCCGCCAGCUCUCCACUCAGAACCCGAUGGAGACAUAUUACACGAAGAACCGCUGGCAGAAGAUGGUUCUCGCGAAGAACCACUGGCAGACGACGGCUCUCGCGAAGAUUCCGAUAUGGCAGAUCUCACGGAAAAGACUAUCCAACACAUUGCGGAGAACGUAUGGGCAGGUCGAACCCGGUACCGGCCUCCUACUGUUGAGGACGUGCCCGAUGAAGAUGAGAUUCCCGACACCAGUACUGCGCCACCCCCCAACCUAGAGAACACACUUGAAGACCUUAUGGACGACACAAUCUGGCAGCAGCUCUUUGAGGAGGAGGACGAGGCGAGCCGGUACGAGGCUAUAUCCAUCUGGGAUGAGCUUCUGCAAUCGUUCCUGCGCGAAGGAGCAAUCAACGAUGAAGACGAGCUCACCGGAGAAGAGCUCGAGAUCCUCCUGCCCUUCACUCUCAAGGUCCAGCAACACAUGUCACUCGAGACGUUCAGCUGCCUUCCAUUCACAUUUAAGAAGAGCAACGUCCGCACCUGGAAAGAAACGCAGCAGUACGUUGCCCGCCUGUCCGGUUUCAAUCCGGAGAUCUACCACUGCUGCAUUGAUUCCUGCUGCGCGUUCACCGGCCCUCACACCAACAAGACUUCAUGCCCGUACUGCGGUGCGGCUCGAUAUUACCCAAACACCACAAAGCCCCGCAAGGUCUUCGUCUACCUUCCGGCCACCCCGCGUUUGAAGGCGUACCACGCAAACCAGAAGAUGGCAAGGGACAUGCGCCAUCGCGCAGAAGUUCACGUGCAUGACCCGACGAAGAUCAAAGACGUUAUGGAUUCCGCAGCUUAUCGCGCGCUCCUUGGCAAGAAUGUCACCCUUACGCGCUACUGCGCUGCUCAGAUCGCGACACCUUCACCACGCGAAGCUUCCACUUGA